GUGCGCAGGCGCGGGAUCUUCCCCGCCAGACGCCGAGCGCUACUGGGUGCGCAGGCGCGGUCUGGCGCGGGGACUGGUGGGACGGCGCGGACAUGGCGGGGGUUGAGGCGGUGUCGCGGCUUCUCCGUGCUAGGCGCCUGGUGCUGACCCGGGCGUGGCCCCCAGCCCUCCCAGCAUGGACCCGCGGUGUUCACUUCACUGUUGAUGGAAGGAAGAGGGCAUCUGCUAAAGUUUCAGAUUCGAUUUCUACUCAAUACCCAGUGGUGGAUCAUGAAUUUGAUGCAGUGGUGGUAGGUGCUGGAGGGGCAGGCUUGCGAGCUGCAUUUGGCCUUUCUGAGGCAGGGUUUAAUACCGCAUGCCUCACGAAGCUCUUUCCUACCCGGUCACACACUGUUGCAGCACAGGGGGGAAUCAAUGCUGCUCUGGGGAACAUGGAGGAGGACAACUGGAGGUGGCAUUUCUACGACACCGUGAAGGGCUCCGACUGGCUGGGGGACCAGGAUGCCAUCCAUUACAUGACGGAGCAGGCCCCUGCCUCCGUGGUCGAGCUAGAAAAUUAUGGCAUGCCAUUUAGCAGAACAGAAGACGGGAGGAUUUAUCAGCGUGCAUUUGGUGGACAGAGCCUCAAGUUUGGGAAAGGUGGGCAGGCCCAUCGGUGCUGCUGCGUAGCUGAUCGGACCGGCCACUCACUCCUGCACACCUUGUAUGGAAGGUCUCUGCGAUACGACACCAGCUACUUUGUGGAGUACUUUGCCCUGGACCUCCUGAUGGAGAGCGGGGAGUGCCGCGGAGUCAUCGCACUGUGCAUAGAGGACGGGUCCAUACAUCGCAUACGUGCCAAGAACACUGUCAUUGCCACUGGAGGGUACGGGAGGACCUACUUCAGCUGCACCUCUGCACACACCAGCACUGGGGACGGCACAGCCAUGAUCACCAGGGCUGGCCUUCCCUGCCAGGACUUGGAGUUCGUGCAGUUCCACCCCACAGGCAUAUAUGGCGCUGGCUGUCUCAUUACGGAAGGAUGCCGGGGAGAAGGAGGCAUCCUCAUUAACAGUCAGGGCGAGAGGUUCAUGGAGAGGUACGCCCCUGUCGCAAAGGACCUGGCGUCCAGGGACGUGGUGUCUCGGUCCAUGACGCUGGAGAUCCGUGAAGGAAGAGGCUGUGGCCCCGAGAAGGACCACGUCUACCUUCAGUUGCACCAUCUGCCCCCUGAGCAGCUGGCCACACGCUUGCCUGGCAUUUCAGAGACAGCCAUGAUCUUCGCUGGUGUGGAUGUCACCAAGGAGCCAAUUCCUGUCCUCCCCACUGUGCAUUACAACAUGGGUGGGAUUCCCACCAACUACAAGGGGCAGGUGCUGAAGCAUGUGAAUGGCCAGGAUCAGAUUGUGCCCGGCCUGUAUGCCUGCGGGGAGGCUGCCUGUGCCUCCGUGCACGGCGCCAACCGGCUGGGGGCAAACUCCCUCUUGGACCUGGUGGUCUUCGGCCGGGCCUGUGCCCUGAGUAUCGCACAGUCUUGCAGGCCUGGAGAUAAAGUUCCUCCAAUCAAACCAAAUGCUGGGGAAGAGUCUGUCUCAAAUCUCGACAGGCUAAGAUUUGCUGACGGGAGCAUAAGAACCUCGGAGCUGCGCCUCAGCAUGCAGAAGUCCAUGCAGAGUCAUGCUGCCGUGUUCCGUGUGGGGAGCGUGUUGCAGGAGGGCUGCGAGAAGAUCAGUCAGCUUUAUGGAGACCUGAAGCACUUGAAGACAUUUGACAGGGGAGUGGUCUGGAACACGGAUCUGGUGGAGACCCUGGAGCUGCAGAACCUGAUGCUGUGCGCUCUGCAGACCAUCUAUGGAGCAGAGGCGAGGAAGGAGUCUCGCGGUGCUCACGCCAGGGAAGAUUACAAGGUGCGGAUUGACGAAUAUGACUACUCCAAGCCCAUUGAGGGGCAGCAGAAGAAGCCAUUUGGGGAGCAUUGGAGGAAGCACACCCUUUCAUAUGUGGAUGUCAAGACUGGAAAGGUCACUCUGGAGUACAGACCGGUCAUCGACAAGACCUUAAACGAGGCUGACUGCGCCACCGUGCCCCCUGCCAUUCGCUCCUACUGACAGAACCCAGUGUCGUGCAAGUGGCUUCUGUGGCCAUCGUCACAGUUCGUGCAGCUGCUCCGGUCGCAUCUGUCUCAGCAGAUUCCGUGCUGGUGAACAAGCAGUGUGCUUCACAGACGUCAGGCCCAUGCCAGCAGCAUGCCAGGACGCAGCGUGGGGGACAGCUCUGCCUGCCUUUGUCCCCUGCUUUAUCAUCCUUGGGAAGAGAUGAAACUGGGCACAAUCACAACACAAAUGAGCAACGCUUCUUAUUUCUAAACCCACUUAAAACCUGUACUGUUUGGCUUUAGGCAUAUCUGUUGACCUCAAAUAUCAAAUGUAAUUAUCUUACUAUUCUAUCACAUCAAGAUCCAGGAAUUCUGUUGUGUAUUUUUAAGAAUAAUUUUCAUUCCUGACAGCAAAGGAAGAAAACCAACCUUUCCUCCUUGUUCUUCACCAGUGGUUCAGUAGGUGAACUGCUUCCUGAAGAGCUGGAACAUCUAAACCCUGAAUGAACCUGAUGGAGUAAAUGGAUUUCCUUUUUAGUCUGUUCUUUUCAAAGGUCCAACUCAUUUUAAAUAACAAAUCCAUUCUUCAUGAAAUUCUUACUAAAAAGUAAUUUGAAUCUGUUUCUCAGGUGUCUUUUUGGUAAGAAGCAUUUCAAAAGGCAAGCAAGGCAGCACUGGGCUCAGCUUGGCUGUGAAGUCAUGGUGUACACGUAGGGCAGUGGAUGUGGGGUCACGGGUCACGUUAGAUAUGCAGUGUGUCUUCUUCCCAGUUCUAGUGCCCAUCAGCCACGUGUUGUGUUCCUUAUUUAUUCUUUGGGCCAGUCACUAGGCUAGGCUUUGGAGAACGUUAGGGUGUAAUAGAAAGUAAAAAUUGAGUAAUAGGGUGGACAGUUCAGUAGAAAAGUUUGGAUGUGGUGUGAAGUCAUUGUUUAGGUUCUUGACCAGAAAACAUAAAAGCAGAAAGUUACUGGAAAUCUAGCCACUUAAAAUGCCCUAGGAAUUUUGAGUUGGUUACAUAAUGCAGCUGGAGGAAAACAACAGCUCACCUCCGACAGGGGGCCAUUGUGUUGUGCCCUGUCCAGCUCCAAGUUGAGCAGUGAGCUGUUGGUGCCUGUAGCAGUGUGGAAGAGCCUGUCAUCGUCCUGGGAGCAGCAGCCCGGGGAGUGCACACUGCUUCCACCAGCAGAAGUCUAGUGGAUGCAAACUACUGUCAUGGUGGAAAGACCAAUGGUUCCCUGAAGAUGGGGGCAGGCAGAGGAAACUUGUGGGGGUGAAUAUGUUCAUUAUUUCUUGCUAGUAAUACUUCAAUAAAGUUCAUUAAAAUACUGA